CGUGCGGCUCUGGAUCCACGCACACUUUGUCGACGAUGUGAAGUCGCAGCAGCGGAGGAGAUGGACGCCGUGAGCCCGUCCUUUUGUGUCCGCGACGCUGUCCAUGUGUGGACGACUGUCCAUGUACGGACGGUUUGCGUUUGACAUGAGCUCGGACUGUGAAAGUUACUACAGCAAAGAAAACGUGUUCGUGGAGAGCUUCACGUGUCCGAAAGCGGACAGUGACACCACGGCACUUUUCUGCUGCGGGUUCAGUGACUUGAAGUACUGUUGUGAUGACCCCAACAGCUUUUUCCCCUACAAGUAUGGAUACAUGUGGUGGUUAAGUCUUGGAGCUCUCGUGGGUCUGUCUGUAGCAGCUGUGGUUCUCCUCGCCUUCAUCAUCACUCUCUGCGUCCUCUGUUAUCUGUUCAUCACCACCAAACCCAGAGGUCUGGACAACGGGCUACCGCUUCGAGCACCAGGAUCUACAUCAAGUCCACAAGGACCUGGGCCGAGUCAUACCGGUGCCCCUGCUGGCCCUCAAGGCCUCAGGAAACACUUCCUGAGGGGCAAGCUGGACUGUGACAACCAACCCCCGGACCCUGACCGCCUUUUCCAACGUUGUUUCAUGGCCACUGUGACAUCUAUCAACGUGGAGGGUCCUGCAUAGACUGCUGUACCAUUUGACUUUUCUACAGGUGAUGCAAAUGUCAUGUCAGUUGUUUUAUAUUUAUAAGUUUAGUAUGGGGAGAAAUUAUUUGUUGCCAUAAUGUUUGUGUAAUCUGUCUGCUGGACAGAAUCAAAGUGCUUUUGCUGAUAAUCAGCAUCCAGAACAAAACAAUGUUUUUCCCCAUAAUUUUUACUGUACAAAACAACACAACUAUGAUGUGUGAGUCUGUUGACGAUUAACUGUUUUUAUGGUGGUAAAUUAGAAAGAGACUUUGGAAAUUAAUGUUUGCAUGAAUGCUUUAAAAUCACAGGCAUGAAAUAUAUAUCAUUUAAAAUACGUGGUUUUAUUUGGCCCAAAAGAGAUGAGAUGAGCCAUUAUAAAUAUAUAUUAGAGCUUAUUCCUAAGUCCAGAGGUCCAGCUGUCGGCCUUUUAAAAAAGCAAGAAAAAUAUUACAAAUGUUGUGUUCAAAAUUAGAUCCACGGAGAAAUAACCUCAAAACAUCCACUGAUUUAUGAUUAACUAGACUAGUCCAGAAGAGACAGUUUUUUUAUGUUUCUGUCAAAAUCACUCUAUGUACGAUCCUGAGUUCACCCACAUACUGUGUGUUUGAUUUAUUUGUGCCUAAUUGUGUGUUUAGGCAGCUGGCUAUAAACUCUGCUUUUACAUCAGGACAUUUUUUUUUAAUUUUGAUUGAAGCAGUAUUACAAGAUUUUUCCCACACUGAUCCAACAGACAUCUGUUGACUCAGAAGUCAUAGAUUAUUUUAGAUUUGACGUGAGACCUCAACAUUUGUUCAAAGUGGGAGCAUGGGGUUUUUAACAUGGUUGUUCACCAGGCAUAGAAAAAACAUUACCAGCACUAACCCCACUGGAUGUUCACUGGAUGCAGCUGCAUCACAUCUCCAUCUUAAACAUCCACUGGAGGUGUUUCAGAAGUGGAGCAUCAUCAGGCAGCUUUACUCCAACAGCAGCAUUUAUAACACAGAAGACUAUGGCAUGACUCCAGCUAUGUGGAUCAGUUCACCACUUCGGUCCAGACUGAAAUAUCUGAACAUGUAUGAUGGAUUCUGAUGAAAAUGAUUUUGUAAAGACAUUCAUGGUUCCCAGAGGAUGGAUCCUGACAACUGUAAUAUCUUCUGACUUUUCCUCCAGCGUUUGAAGUUCACAUUUAUGUUUUUGGAGUGAAAUGAAUUGCUCUGACAUACAUGUUGUCAUCAGGAUGAACUGUGAUCACUUUGUUAUAACUGCUUAGAUUUUCAUCAAGCAUCAUUGUCAGGUAAAAAUGUAAAUAAUUGUUUGGUCUAUGGCCUUAGCUGUACUUUGUGCUUAAUGCCGAUUAGCAAAUGUUAGCUUGACAAACAUGGCAUUAGCUUGUUAGCACUGUCGCUAAACAUGUGAGCACACUAUUAGCAUUUAGCUCAGAGCGUUGCUGUGCUCACAGAAGCUAGCAUGGCUUGUAGUCUCGUUUGUGUUUUAUGUACAUUGAGUUCAUGUUUGACCAACAUGACACUUUGUGGCUGUUUGUGUUUUUGUGUUUUUUGUGUUUCACUGUAUGCAGCACCUCCUGUUCUCUUUGUUUUGUCUGCUGAACAGUGGAUACUUUCAUAAAGUGACAUGAAUGAGGAAAAAAAGGCUUUCUAUCUUUCUCGUAUUUGCAUAUUGAGAGUCAGAUUUAUUCAACAGCUACAUAGGUGUAAGAUGCUGCAACAAAAACAGUGGUGAGAAGAGGUGUGCAUGUGCCCAGCAGCCACUGACAUGACAAUAGGUGGCUUGACAGCUUUUGGCGUGAAAAUGCAUUCUCAUUUGCAUAUGUAAAUUGAGUGAAACCAUUGAACAAAUCUUCUUUUUGUUUGUGAAUGUACAGAACUGUUGUUCUGAUUCCGUUCUCAAUCAAAAUGAGAAAAAAUUUUGUCUUGUGCAUUCAUCACUACUUUGAUUUCUUUCUUUUUUUUUAAUCAUGUUGAUGUGACACUGACAUAGUCAGCUAAAUUGUAUCUCUGCCAUUCCCACUCUGUGCACUGUACUUUCUCACACUAUGUAACUUUGGGCCUGAUUAUUUCACUGAUUUUGGUGAAACUGGAUCAUAUUUCAUGGAGAAAAUGUUUUAUGGUUUUCCCUCUGA